UGGAUCAUGAAAGGAUCCAACAGAUUUGGAAGGAGCAGCAAACCCACCUGCUUUGCAUCCAAGACCCAGAGAACUUUCCACUGUACCUGAAGACAGGAACACUGAAGAAAGGGGGCGUGGAGCUGUGCUGCUACAGGUGUGUCCGUGGAUCCACCUCCUUGGAGUCAUUUCACCUCCACCUGAACCGUUUCAUACCAGGAACCAGUGCUACUGACGCGCAUUUCCAAGCAUACCUCCUAGAGGGAUUGAUGCGCUGGAAUGAUGAUCGGAUGGAAGAUGCUGUAAAAGGAAAUUCCUCCAUCCGGUUAUUUGGGAGCGCCAUGAGAGAGGCUGUGGACCAGCUCAGCCAAGCGGUGCUUGGGAAGCCCUGGGAUGAGCGUUAUCGCCCUCCUGGAGCAUAUACAGGUGAAUUGCUGGGUAUCGAAUACCUUUACAACCAGACUGGCAAAACCCUUACCCCCAUGCUCCAGACCCCAGAGGAGGAGGAGGACAGGCAGGUGGAGAGAGUCAGUGACCAAGACCUACAGGAUGAGGGGUUUGAGGAAGACAUCGUGGAGGACAUCACUGUUCCAGUGUUAUAUGACCCCCACCAUGAUGCUGUCACCAGCCCCUCAUCUUCAGCUCUUCCUCUGCUCACAGCAUCACCAGAUGAGCCUGCAUCUUCUGCACAGCACCUUUCCUCUGUGCCGGUGUCACAGACCAGUGACACUGAAAGCAGUCCUUGUAACGAGGCAGAGGCAGCUGUCAUUGGACCUGAUGGCAUCGCUGGCUGGGACAAAGUCCAGGAUCUGGCUUCCUACCUUGUUGGACUUCGUGAGGCUUCUUACCUCACAGAGCCACAAGUAACAGAGGCCAUUCGUCUUUGGACUGCCCUCCCAGACUUUGACAAAAAGCGGGUCAUCUACCAGCCUCGUCAUCAGCCUCAAUUGACACAUGGCCGCUUUAAGGCACCAAAGCGUUCUAGGAUGACGCCAGGAGUGGAGAGUGUUAAAAGAUGUUUGGACAUCCUGGGGGUCCAGCUCAGUGGCCUAGCACCAGUCGCUUAGUUGAAGCUAUUUGUGUAAAGCUCUGUGCUACACACAAGACUCCUACUAAGAAGGUUGGAGUU